AUGGCCGGUAAAGGAAAAGGCAAGAAAAAGGAGAAAAAAGAAAAAGAAGACGGUGCAGACAAAAAGAAAAGCAAGAAAGGUGGCGUAAGAGUGAAAAAAGGUAAAGCCAAAGGUCGAUGUAAUGUGGACAUGCUAACUGAAGCAGCGAUGGACAAUGUGUACUACGCGUGUCAUAAUGUUCAAGAACUAUUACAAGCUAGGGGUUUCCAUCCGCCUGAUUAUAGCAAGAAGAAGAAGAAGGGUAAACGAUAG